AUUACUGAGCGUCUUCAGUUACUAGGGCAGAGGACUGCCGUUUGCUGACACAAUCUUGGUGCGUUGGAAGUGAAAGGGAAGAGGCACUGGUGGCUGUGCUUUGGGCCCGAGCAGCCAGAAGCCAGUUGCCAUCACCUAUGACGAGGAGACAGCGCCUGGGGCAGAGCCCAGUAUGGGGUGCAUUCAGGGUAGAUCAGGAGAAGGGAAUCAGCCACUUUGUGCUCACCACCUCUGGGGAAGGUGUGAGAGGAGAGAAGGAAGUGGCUGUUUGGCUGCUGACAACAUGAAGACUUCCUGCGAUGAGAACAGAGGCACAGGUGCUGGCCCUGCAGCCCCCAGAACCUGGACUGGAGGGGGCCAUGGGGCACCGGACCCUGGUCCUGCCCUGGGUGCUGCUGACCUUGUGUGUCACUGCGGGGACCCCGGAGGUGUGGGUGCAAGUUCGGAUGGAGGCCACCAAGCUCUCGUCCUUCACCAUCCGUUGUGGGUUCCUGGGGUCUGGCUCCAUCUCCCUGGUGACUGUGAGCUGGGGAGGCCCCGACGGUGCUGGGGGGACCACGCUGGCUGUGUUGCACCCAGAACGUGGCAUCCGGCAAUGGGCCCCUGCUCGCCAGGCCCGCUGGGAAACCCAGAGCAGUGUCUCUCUCAUCCUGGAAGGCUCUGGGGCCAGCAGCCCCUGCGCCAACACCACCUUCUGCUGCAAGUUUGCAUCCUUCCCUGAGGGCUCCUGGGAGGCCUGUGGGAGCCUCCCGCCCAGCUCAGACCCAGGGCUCUCUGCCCCGCCGACUCCUGCCCCCAUUCUGCGGGCAGACCUGGCCGGGAUCUUGGGGGUCUCAGGAGUCCUCCUCUUUGGCUGUGUCUACCUCCUUCAUCUGCUGCGCCGACAGAAGCACCGCCCUGCCCCUAGGCUCCAGCCGUCCCGCACCAGCCCCCAGGCACCGAGAGCACGAGCAUGGGCAGCAAGCCAGGCCUCCCAGGCUGCUCUUCACGUCACUUAUGCCACUAUCAACACCAGCUGCCGCCCAGCUACUUUGGACACAGCUCACCCCCAUGGGGGGCCGUCCUGGUGGGCGUCACUCCCCACCCACGCUGCACACCAGCCCCAGGGCCCUGCCGCCUGGGCCUCCACACCCAUCCCUGCACGUGGCAGCUUUGUCUCUGUUGAGAAUGGACUCUACGCUCAGGCAGGGGAGAGGCCUCCUCACACUGGUCCCGGCCUCACUCUUUUCCCUGACCCUCGGGGGCCCAGGGCCAUGGAAGGACCCUUAGGAGUUCGAUGAGAGAGACCAUGAGGCCACUGGGCUUUCCCCCUCCCAGGCCUCCUGGGUGUCACCCCCUUACUUUAAUUCUUGGGCCUCCAAUAAGUGUCCCAUAGGUGUCUGGCCAGGCCCACCUGCUGCGGAUGUGGUCUGUGUGUGUGCGUGUGUGGGCACAGGUGUGAGUGUGUGAGUGACAGUUACCCCAUUUCAGUCAUUUCCUGCUGCAACUAAGUCAGCAACACAGUUUCUCUGA